CCUCCCGGGCUGCGGCGCCCGCUGAUUGGUCGAGAAGGUGCCGGGGCGGGCUGGGAUUGGACGAGGCGGGGCCGGGCCUGAGGCCGCGGUGAGGGCGGCGAUGGACGGGUCGCUGUUGCUGUCCCUGGACGCGGCCGCGCUGGAGGUGAUGGAGGCGCUGGAGCUGCUGCAGCAGCGGCGGGAGCAGCUGGAGCAGCACCUGCGGCAGGGGUGGCUGUCCCUGGCUCAGGCCCGUUACUCUCUGGGAUGUCACCGCGUCUCCUCCCUGCAGUACGGGGCCACCAUGGUUCCCCGAGUCCGUGUGUGCCACAGGCAGGACCCAGAGGGACGCCCCCACUUUGAGGAGGUGCCUGGAACAGGGGGGGACCCCGAGGACCCCGACCCCCAGCAGGGGGGGGGUGAUGGGCUGCGGCAGCGCCGGGGAGCCCCUGAAAAAGGGGGGACCCCCAGCCGCCCCCCCCCAGACCCCCUGGGCUGGUUUGGGGUCCUGGUGCCCCCCAGUCUGAGGCAGGCGCAGGGAAGCUUCCAGAAGGGGGUGACGCUGGCCGUGGAGGUGGCCGAGCUCCAGGCCACCAUGGAGGCGGCGGCCGCCCGGAACCGGCAGCUCCUGCGGCAGAAACGUCACCUGGAUGGGGACAAUGGGGACAGCGGGGACAGCCCUGAGCUCCACGGGAAGCCCUGGGGACAGCAAGGACACCGAGGGUGGCAGAGUGACCUCAGUGACUGCGUGAGACGAGGACACGUCUGCAGGUGACACAGCUGCCACCGGUGACACGGAGGACAGCAGCACCUGCCUGUGGGUGACACCAAGUCCCCAAGGCCUGCGGGUGGCACUGAGGUGACACCAGGUGACACUGAGGACUUUGCAGGUGACACCGAGCCCAGCAGGUGACUGAGGGUGGUUCCCCCAUGUCCCCACCCCCAAUAAAGUCACCCUGGUGCCACCACA